AAGCGUUCUGCCAAAAUCUCUGCUGCCCAAAUAUCAAACGCCUUUGGAUUCACCCUCUGAUCUCAAUUAUUAUUAUAUAUUUUAAACUCUCAAACACCUCCAUCACAGCUCCAAGCUCUAGCUUAAACCCACCACCUUGAUCUCAUCUCCAUAUCCAUAGAGCCCAUCAAGAAAUUCCGAUACAAUGAAAGGAAAACAAAGAAUUCGACUGCCACAAAAGGAGUAGCUUCGGCUCCAGCUUAUUGGCAUUAGUUGAUAUUGGGCUCGGUGUGUUUGGUUCAGUUGGGAUUGCUAGGGUUUGGUGGCUGGCUCAAUGAUGAGCAGCAGAGGCGGUGGUGGGAGGUUCGCGGUGGGGGACUAUGUGGUCUCCAAGCAAAUAGGGAUGGGCUCGUUUUCCACGGUGUGGCAUGCCCGCCAUCUUGUUGAGUGCACCGAAGUGGCAAUCAAGGAGAUAGCUACCGCUCGCCUCAAUUCUAAACUCAAGGAGAGCCUCAAGUCCGAGAUUGUUAUUCUUAAGAAGAUCAAUCAUUGUAACAUCAUCCGCUUGCACGAUAUGAUCGAGGAACCUGGAAAAAUUUAUAUAGUUCUGGAGUAUUGUAGAGGAGGUGAUCUUUCUAUGUACCUUCAAAAACGCCAUGGUAGAAUCCCAGAAACUACUGCAAAGCAUUUUAUGCAGCAGCUAGCAUCAGGCUUACAAGUUCUUCGUGAAAACAACUUAAUACACCGGGACUUAAAGCCUCAGAAUCUCCUCUUAUCCACAAAUGAUGAAAAUUCUAUUUUGAAGAUUGCUGAUUUCGGUUUUGCUAGGUCUCUUCAACCUAGGGGGCUUGCAGAAACUUUAUGUGGUUCGCCAUUAUACAUGGCUCCCGAAAUUAUGCAACUCCAAAAGUAUGAUGCAAAGGCAGAUCUCUGGAGUGUUGGUGCCAUUCUGUUUCAGCUCGUAACUGGCAGAACACCAUUCACUGGGAACAAUCAAAUACAGUUGCUUCAGAACAUAAUGAAAUCAACUGAAUUACAAUUCCCUUCGGAUGUAAAUGAUUUAAGUGCUGACUUUAAAGAUUUAUGUCGAAAAUUGCUUCGACGUAAUCCAGUGGAACGGCUGACAUUUGAAGAGUUCUUUAACCACCCUUUUCUUUCACAAAGGCAGCCAGGUGGACAUUCCAGGAUUAGGAGACCUCAAAGUGAAACCGAUGGUUCUCUUUUAUCCCAGUACAAUCCUGUUACGACUGCAGAAGAACGAUUUGUAGAAGAUUUACCUUUCACUCUAGAUGAUGAUAUCAAUGCUCCUGACAGUAGUCCAUUUUUUGCUGGGAUAUUGCCAGAGAGAUCACCAUAUGUAGUUUCUGUUGCUGCAAAAGCUGAUAGAAAGGACAGCUUUGAUACUCCAAUAGCUAGUUGUCCAGAAGUGAUGGAUUCACUGGAGUCAAUUGAUAAAAGCUAUGUUAUUGUUCCACUGGACUUAUCUUCAACUGAUGCUUCUAAACUCGGCAAUGUUCCACUUAACUCAAGCUGCUCCCAGCAAGCUUCAGGAAAUUUGAACCCAGGAUCAAGUGCACCGGUGCCCAAUAUUAAUGCAGCAACUGUUAAGAUUGGUUGUGCAGGAUACAUGGAAACCCAGAUGUCUGGUCCUGCUACUUCACAAGGAUUGAUGGAAAUUACGGAUAGCUUGGAGCAGCCAUCAACUGACUGCUCAAGGAGAGUUGAGUCAUUGCAGCAAUGUGCUUCUGCUAUUACGGAAUUAGUAAAUGAGAAGAUCGAGUCAGGCAGACACUUGGAAGCAUUUUCAAUUCAACUUGUCAUUCUUGCAAUAUGGAAACAAGCAUUACAUAUUUGUCACACACAAGCAGCCUCGGCUGUUGAAGGAAGUCGAACACAGGAAAAUACUAAAACAAGGGAAUUGCUGAAGGGCGAGGGCAGUCCCAAUGUACAGCAACCUGUUGGCACUUGUGAUGUGUUGGAACCAAAGGACAUAAGCUCCAAUAUUCAAAGAGCUUUUCUCAUUGAAGUUGGGAAGGCAGAGGAACUUGCCAAAUUGGUAGAGCCAGGAAAUACAGAGGUGCCAGAUGCAAUGGACAUGAUAUUCCAAUCUGCCCUUGAUUUCGGCAGGAAAGGGGCUGUCGAUGAGUACAUGGGCCGGGCAGAAAACGCAGUGGUGUUUUAUUCGAAAGCAGUGCACUUGUUAGUGUUCCUUCAAGUGGAAGCGCCCUCUCUGAUCCUAAACCCGCCCUUCUCCCUCACAAACUCGGAUCGAUUUAGGCUUCAGAACUAUAUUAACGUCCUUAACAACAGGCAAAGCGUUUCGAGGUCUCAAAUGGUGGCGCUGCUCAAGUGUGAGGAUCAGCGUUUCUCAUGACAAAUGUUAAUAGUUAGUUAAUACUAAUUGGCGAUGGCUUCUUGUGUGAAAUUCUUCAAAUGUACAGUAGUAGCAAAGUAAAUGGAUUCUUUCUCCAUUCUUCUCUGUGAAAUAUGUCUUAGCUGACCCAUUUGUUCUCUAUUGAAGAAAACUAAUACUCCGUAUCUACUAGAAAUCUAGAAUGGAAAGGAAUACUUUAUUUGCAAUUAAAGUUUGGGACUUUAAAUUUGCA